CGUCGCGAACUGUUCGAUAACCGCAGAUCAAAACACCAACCAAGAAUCACCAUGAAGUUCCUGAUUGUCUUCGUUGCCCUCUUCGCCCUGGCUCUGGCCGCUCCUGCUGACAAAGCUGAAAUCCUGCGAUUGGACUCCGAUGUUGGACCCGAGAGCUUCAAAUACGACUGGGCGACUAGCGAUGGUCAGUCGGCUAAUGCUGCUGGUAAGCUGAAGGACGUUGGAACCGAGAACGAGGCCAUCUCCGUCCAGGGAUCCUACCGCUUCAUUGGUGAUGAUGGUGUCACCUACGAAGUCACCUACAUCGCCGAUGAGAACGGAUUCCAGCCCCAGGGUGCCCAUCUGCCCGUUGCCCCCGAGGCGUAAACCAUCCAAAGUUCUUUGUUGAUAUUGUUUAAC